CUAUUUCUUCUAGAGGAAAUGAGAGAGAGAAAGUAUGAUGGGUAUGCUCGAGUGAUACAGAAAUCCUGGAGGAAGUUCGUGGCCCGGAAGAAAUACGUCCAAAUGAGGGAAGAAGCCUCAGACCUCCUGCUGAACAAGAAGGAGAGGAGGAGAAACAGCAUCAACAGGAACUUCAUCGGGGAUUACAUCGGGAUGGAGGAGCACCCAGAGCUCCAGCAGUUCGUGGGCAAGAGAGAGAAGAUCGAUUUCGCAGACACAGUGACCAAGUACGACAGGAGGUUCAAGGUACACACUGGCU